AUGGCGUUCAGGCCAUACAUGAAACAUACCCAUGUCUAUAAAACCCAUCUCACCACAGAUCUUCAUCUUGACGUGUACCUAUCCACAAGCAAUGAAGGGUCUAAUACGCCCAAGCCCGUUCUCUUGUGGUUUCAUGGUGGCUAUCUCGUCACAGGCAGCCGCAUCGCGAUUCCCCGCUGGCUUCUCAACCACGCCCUUGCUCAUGGCUGGACAGUAGUAUCACCAGACUACAGGGUUUUGCCGGAAUGUACCGGUCUUGCUACAACUGAAGAUCUAAUUUCGGCCUAUGAAUGGGUUGCAGGUUCCCUCAACCGCCUCCACCCGGAUUGCAAUGAAGACCUUAGCAAUAUAAUCAUCGGUGGAGCCAGUGCCGGAGGCUGGUGCGCCUUGGUCACUGCGCUGCACUUUUCGUUCGCAUCAUCACAGCAAAGGAAUAGAAUCCCGCGUCCUAAAGCGCUUUGGCUCCUCUAUCCGAUGUCGGACAUCGGAAGCGAAAAAUGGGCACAGAGCGUCUCGCUCCCCGGAGUGACGGUGGAUGCAGCUACAGCGCAACAGUUACUAGAGGAGAUCCCCCGAAGGAUUGCGCAAGGGAAUAUCAGUGUCGGGGAGGAUUUCCCAUCAUCUGAAGAAGAACUCCGGACAAGGAAACGCUUACCCUUACUUUACGCUAUUCUGGGUAAAGGGGUCUUUCUGGAUUAUUUGACGGGGGUAUCUGGGUUCGGGGAGAGAUCCUUGAGUGUUGGGUUGGAAAAUGCAGUGGAUGAUGAGCGCAUGAAAAUACUUUUCCCGCUUCAGUGGGGCUUGUUUGGUUCUGGUUUUCCAGCAACUAUUAUUGUGCAUGGAAGUGCAGAUACAGAAGUUUCUUGUGGCGAAAGUGAGAAGCUGGCUGCGAAGCUGCAGGAGAAUGGGAUUGGGGUGCAGUAUUACGCGGUACCAGGAGCUGAUCAUGUUUUCGACUUGGAGUUGCAGGAGUGUCAUGAAGAAGGUGAGGAGCACGAGCCAAGCGUUAUCCUUGCACGGGCUCUACAGGCUCUACAAGGGUACGUCGAGAGAUAG